AUGGGUGCUUAUUUAUCAUCACCUAUUUGUGAUAAAAAUACAAUUGAAGAUUCAAAUAAUAAUUUAACAUUUGCAGCUAGUUCAAUGCAAGGAUGGCGAAUGUCGCAAGAAGAUGCACAUAAUGCUAUUCUUAAUUUGGAUGAUAAUACAUCUUUAUUUGCUGUUUAUGAUGGUCAUGGUGGAUCAGAAAUAGCUGUUUAUUGUUCUCAAUAUUUACCGGAAUUUAUUAAAAAUCUUGAUUCAUAUCGUCAAGGACGAUUAAAUGAUGCAUUAAUUGAAAGUUUUCUUAAAUUUGAUACAUUAUUACUUGAUAUAAAUGUUAAAAAAAUUUUACAAAAAUUAGCUAAUGAUGAACAUGAAGAUACAGAACAAUCACAUGAAUUUGUUGGUUCAUUAAAUUUAAAUGAAGAAAAUCAUCAUAAUGAUGAAUUAAAUAUUGAAGAAGCACAAUUAUUAAAAAAAGAAGCUGAAGUACCUAUUGAAGAAAUUCUUAAACGUUAUAGUGGAAAUGAAAAACAUUUUCAUUCACCAAAUAUUAUUAAACGUAUUAUUGAUAAUCAUAAUGAAAAUAUUCAAGAUUCAGAUACAAUAAAUACUAGUGAAGAAAACAUUCCAAUUAAUGAAACAACAGAAGCUAAACCUUCAUCAUCCGAAGAUAAUACAAUAUCACAAAGUCCAAAAAAAUCAAUUUCAACCGAUUCAUCAACAAUUAUUAAAUCAAAUUCAUUAACACGACAUUUACUUAGUGAUAAUACAGAUGAAUUAGAUGAUGAUGAUGAUGAUGAUGAAGAUGAUUUGGAAUUUAAUGCAUCAGAUGAAGAAACAAGUGGUGAUGAAGGUGAAGAUCAAGUACUAGAUGAAGAUGAAGAAGAUGAUAAAGAUGAUGAUAAACCAUUAGAAGCAAGUAAAGCAGCUCAAAUACAAAAACUUAUGAGAAAAUCAAUAAUGGCUAUUUUAAAUCGACGUGUAAAGAAAAAGAAACGUAAUACUUCUACUGAUGAAGAUGAUGAUGAAGAUGUUAAAGAAAAUCAUAAUGAAGAUCAUGAAAGUGAUGAUCACGAAGAAGAAGAAGAAGAUGAUGAUGAUGAUGAUGAUGAUGAUGAAGAAGAAAUUGAUGAUGAAGAUCUUGGUAUGCUUGAUAUGGAUAAUGAUCCAGGUUCAUCAAGUGGAUGUACUGCUGUAGUAACACUUUUACGUGAUAAACAAUUAUAUGUUGCAAAUGCCGGUGAUUCUCGAUGUGUUGUAUGUCGUAAUGGUCGAGCUAUUGAAAUGAGUUUUGAUCAUAAACCAGAAGAUCCAAAAGAACGUGGUCGAAUUGAAAAAGCUGGAUAUAAAGUAACAUCAGAUGGACGUGUUUCAGGUGGUUUGAAUUUAUCUCGAGCAAUUGGUGAUCAUGCAUAUAAAAAAAAUUCUUCAUUAUCUGCUGAAGAACAAGCAAUAACAGCUUUACCAGAUAUUCGUACAUUAACACUUGAUGAUCAAGAUGAAUUUAUGAUAAUUGCUUGUGAUGGUAUUUGGAAUUUUAUGUCAAGUCAAGAUGUUAUUGAUUUUGUACGUCUUCGUCUUGAUGAAAAAACUCUAAGUCAAAUAUGUGAAGAAUUAUUUAUGCAUUGUCUUGCACCAAAUACAUGUGGUGAUGGUACUGGUUGUGAUAAUAUGACAGCAAUUAUAGUUAAAUUUAAUUAUAAUUCUUCAUCAACAACACUUCAAUCUUCAAUAUCUCUUAAUAAUAAACGUUCAUUAUCACCUGAACAUUCAUCAACAACAGACAUAAUAGAUAAUACAAAUAAUAAAAAAUUAAAAAUUCUUACUGAAAAUUGUACUAAUGAAACAAAAUCUACAGAUAUUUUUUCAUUAAAUUCUACUGAACAAACACUUUCAUAA